UAUGCGCGCACUCGUUUCACGUUUGGCCGGGCGGCAGUGUAAUUUGUUCCAAACAAAGUAGGACUCACCCCGCAGAGGCCGAACGAUACCAACAGACGGAACAGUUUUUCAAUUGUUGUCUUUUGCGUGAACAUCUGAAAUAAACAGUUUUAAAUGACCAAAAAUGGGUCCCGGAUAAGGAAGGAAUAUUCCAGAAGCACCGUGGACUGCGGGGUUUCGAGUGCGGGCAGCGGCCCGCGGCCGUGAAGGAGCUUAGCAGCCGGGAGAAGCAGAAGGAGUCGCCGGCCAUUGUGUGUUGGGAACGGAAUUCAAUUCUCCCCAAAUUGAAGACCAGUCCCCAUCCCUCACUAGCUUUCCUGAUUGUGUUCUGGGAGAGUUCAGACCAGUAUCAUCGCCAAAAUAGCCGGGCCAGGCAAGAAGAGGCACACCUCAGAUCCAGACCCCAGCAGUGGUAGUGAUUCCGGCGACGGGCGGCCUGUUAGUGCCAAGUGCCCAAAGAUGGCCAGCAGCGGUGGUAGUGGUGUGGCUGGUAACGGGACAGUGGGACGUCGCGGUGGGGCUCAGCAGAGGGGAGGCAAUGGUAGGGACAACAGCUCAGACCUGUCCUCCAGUACCAGUAAGAAGAAGCAGAAGGACAGGGCCAACCAGGAGAGCAGAGAGGCCAAGAGGGUAGCCGCUGCAGCAGUAGACGGGGUUAUUGCAGAGGUCAAGAAAGAUGUGUUUGUGGACUGGAAGCAGAAUGUCAAUGAAGUGACUGUCAGACUGCGCUGCGGGGAGGGGGUGCAGAGGAUAGAGGAUAUCAACACGACCUUCACCGAUACACACUGCAAUGUGUGCUUCCCAGAUGGACGGCAGUGGAGCUGCCAGUUGCAGGAGGAAAUUGAGUCCUCAUGUAGCAGAGUCCAGUACAAGGAGAAGGGAGGUUUCCUGCAUGUCAUCAUGCACAAGAAGAUUCCCUUUCACAUCUGGCCUUCGCUUAAGUCAAACAAGAAGGAGAAGGAGCCAGUACCUACAGAGACCAAAAAGGACAAGGAGCCGGAGGUGAAGCCUGUCGCCUCGGAGUCAUUAGAGAAACCUAAAUUAUCCUCCCUGCAGCCAAAACUCCAGCCCCAGCCUCCCUCCAUACCUGCACACAGCGAGUCAAGACGCAGUGGUGGCAAAGCUGAGCGGGGUGUCAAGCGUGGCCUGAAAAACAAACAAGCGUGUGACAAGGCCACCAAAGACUCUGCAGGGGUGAGAGCUGGAGAUGGCUCAACCACCACCAGCACGUCUGUUACAGUCACGCAAAGCGAGCCUCAGGAACCCGGUGCCAAGCGCACCAUUGUACAGCUGCCCACGGCCACCAAGGAGGCUACAUCACCAGCCGACAGGGACACGCGAUCGGUCGAGUCUACAGCAGCCGGUGUUAAAACUCCACACACACACCUGCCCGCUGGUCGGAGCCCACAGACGCAACGCAGAGCAGAGAGACGAGGCAGCGGCCAGGAACAGAGAGCAGGAAUUGCUGUCGCUGCUGGCGGCCACACCAACAACACUCAGGUUGCAGAGAAGCGAAAGGAGUCUUCAGACGGGUCCGAAGCAACAACACAUGGCAGUGAUGACCAACCAGCAGCUCCCGUCGGCACCAGCGACUGCCUCGAACCUAUCGGCUUCAACAACGUAGUGCACUCUGCUUCUGCAGAGACGCAGGGAGAGAGAACUGACUCUGAGCCAGAGAAAAAGCCUGUUGAGCAGGAUACUCUGACCUGCCAGCAGCGGCUUGACUCAAAAGAGGCAGGUUCGAUACCAGCUGUUGCCAUGGAUGCUAAACAAAGCCAGUCACCCGCUCUAGCCCAGAGGCAGGGCAGCUGUGACGGAGAGGAGAAGCGGGACCAGUCCAAGGAGAAGCCUCCUUUGGAAAUGAAACGGGAAGCCCCAGAGCCCAUGGUCAACCUGCAAAUUGUGAAGAAUGAUUCGUACGAGAAGGGCACGGACUUGAUGGUGGUCAAUGUUUACACCAAGGGGAUCUGCAGGGACACGGCCAGGGUCCUCUUCAGGGAGCAGGACUUCACCCUCAUCUUCCAGACAAGUGACACUAACUUUCUGCGGCUUCAUUCAGACUGUGGACCAAACACAGUCUUCAAGUGGCAAGUCAAACUCCGAAACCUGAUCCAGCCUGAGCAGUGCAGCUACUCCUUCACGCCGUCCCGACUGGACAUCACCCUGAAGAAGAGGCACAGCCAGCGCUGGGGGGGUCUCGAGGCCCCCGCCACACAAGUGGGCGGCGCCAAGGUCGCUGUGCCCUCCAGCCCUUCCUGCAUGGAGAAGAGCCAGCCAGGCAGCAGCCACCACAGCCUCCCAGCCAAGGAUGAACCUCCGAGGCUGGGGGAGGAGAAACACAAGCCCCCUAAGACCUCGUCCAGAGUGGAAGAUGGCGGUCUGGAUAAUGUUUCUCCUCGCAACGUCUCUGAGCAUGUUGCUCUCACCAAGCCAGAGCCCACUGUUACCACGCCUAAACCCACCUGCAUGGUGCAGCCCAUGACCCACGCACCUCCUGCCAGCAAUGAGCGCCAUGAAGAAGAGGAGGAGAAGAAGGUGUGCCUGCCUGGUUUUACAGGGUUGGUCAACCUCGGCAACACCUGCUUCAUGAACAGUGUCAUCCAAUCCCUGUCCAACACCAGAGAACUCCGGGAUUACUUCCAUGAUCGAGCAUUUGAGGCAGAGAUCAACUGUAACAAUCCUCUGGGAACAGGAGGCAGGCUCGCCAUUGGCUUUGCUGUGCUGCUCAGGGCCCUUUGGAAAGGAACACAUCAUGCUUUCCAACCCUCAAAGCUCAAGGCAAUUGUUGCCAGUAAAGCCAGUCAGUUUACAGGUUACGCCCAGCACGAUGCCCAGGAAUUCAUGGCUUUCUUGCUGGACGGGCUCCAUGAGGACUUGAACCGGAUCCAGAACAAACCUUACACAGAGACGGUAGACUCUGACGGGCGGCUGGAUGAGGUGGUGGCGGAGGAGGCGUGGCAGAGGCACAAGAUGAGAAACGACUCCUUUAUAGUGGACCUCUUCCAAGGCCAGUUCAAAUCCAAGCUGGUCUGCCCCACAUGCUCAAAAGUGUCUAUCACCUUUGACCCCUUCCUCUACCUGCCCGUGCCCUUGCCCCAGAAACAGAAGGUGCUCUCGGUUUUCUACUUUGCUAAGGAACCUCAUAAAAAACCCAUCAAGUUUUUGGUGAGUGUGAGCAAGGAGAACUCCAGUACGGCGGAGGUCCUCGAAUCCAUCUCCAGGAACGUCAGGAUCAAACCAGAGAACCUCAGGCUGGCAGAGGUGGGGAAGAACCGCUUCCAGCGUAUGUUCCUGUGGUCCCAUUCCCUGGACACAGUGUCCUCCUCUGACAUAUUAUUCUGCUUUGAGGUGCUUUCCAAAGACAUGGCCAAAGAGAGAGUGGUAUUGCUCAGAGUGCAGCAGAGACUCCAGGUCCCUAAUAUUCCCAUCUCUAAGUGUGCCGCCUGCCUGAAGCCUCCGGUGUCUGAGGAAGACAAGCUGAAGCGGUGCACUCGCUGCUACCGUGUGGGCUACUGCAAUCAAGUGUGUCAGAAGAACCACUGGCCCAUUCACAAGAGUCUGUGUCGGCCCAACACGGAGAACGUGGGUCUGCCCUUCCUGGUCAGCGUGCCGGAGUCCCGCCUCUCCUACGCCCGCCUCACGCAGCUCCUAGAGGGAUACUCCAGGUUUUCCGUCAACGUGUUCCAGCCUCCUUUCCAGUCUGACAGGACUUCCCCUGAAACAUCUCAGUGCCGUGCAGACCUCCCCCCAAUGCCAGCAAGCACUCCUGAAGGUCCUGGGCCGGGGGGUGAGGCUAUGGGUGGCAGCAGUACUGUAGAAGCAGCUGAUCUGAAGCUGGAGAGUCCCUCUCUGCUCCCUCAGUCCCAGUCAGAGUACGCUCAGGCCUCAGCCCUCCACUCUGGGGAGUGCGAUUCCCUCUCCUCCUCUCAGACCUCAAUCUCCACCACGCGGACUGCAGAUUCUGGAUUUUCUGAGCCAAUCUCCUCCACUUCCAGCUGCUCUCUGGACCAUCAUGCGGAAAAGGAGACUUCUUGUGAGAAGGCAGUGCGGCCAGAAGCUGCAGUAACGGGAUAUCAGCAUCCAAGUGAAUCAGCCUCGGGUCAUGCCAGUCAGUUCUACAUCGCUCUGCUGGACUCUAACAACAAGGAACAGAGGCUGGAUGAGAAAGAUGACAUUCUGGCGGACCUCCCUGAAGACGCAACUCUGGAGCUGGUGUGGAAAAACAACGAGCGUCUGAAGGAGUAUGUCCUGGUUAGCUCCAAAGAGCUGGAGUAUGAGGAGGACCCUGGCUCUCUGAGUGAGACGGCCAGAGCGGGACACUUCACCCUGGAGCAGUGCCUCAACCUCUUCACAAAGCCAGAGGUGCUGGCACCAGAGGAGGCAUGGUACUGUCCAAAGUGCCAGCAGCACCGAGAGGCCUCCAAGCAACUGCUGCUGUGGCGUCUGCCCAACGUUUUGAUCAUCCAGCUCAAACGUUUCUCCUUCAGGAGCUUCAUCUGGAGGGAUAAGAUCAACGACAUGGUCGACUUUCCUGUCAGGAAUCUGGAUCUAAGUAAGUUCUGUAUUGGCCAGAAGGAUGAGAUGCAACAACCCCCUAUCUAUGACUUGUAUGCAGUCAUCAACCACUAUGGAGGAAUGAUAGGAGGCCACUACACGGCCUACGCUCGCCUGACGAGUGACAAGAACAGCCAGCGCAGCGAUGUUGGCUGGCGUCUGUUUGAUGACAGUACCGUGACAAUGGUGGAGGAGAGCCAGGUGGUAACGCGCUACGCCUACGUCCUGUUCUACCGACGACGAAACUCACCUGUGGAGAGGCCGCCACGCUUCCGCAGGCCUGUCGGCGCCGACUCGCCCACUGCUGCAGGAGCUACUGCCAGCCAGGCCGCUAGCCAGUCACUAUUCGGGACAGACCUGGAUCCUGAGGGGCCUACGUUGACCCCAGAGGGUACCUCUGACCUCUUUGGCCACUCCGGAGAGUGCGGGGCGCCAUCCUACAGCAACAUGGAGGAGGUGGACUAGUCAUGGAGGGGACUGAAUGUAAUCCAGGGAAGCUACUCCUCUGCUAAAGAACCUCAACAACAACACGGCGCUGUGUCACAGGUUGACGGUGCAACGCUGGAAGAGCUGGAGUGGUCUUUGAGGAUCCCACUGCACUCACUUGUUAAAGACGUUCAGAUGCACAUAUGUACUAACUUGACACACAUCAUUGAUAUACUUGCAUUAAUAUACUUACCCAUUGGUAAUAACUAACUAUAUGUUAUUUUAUUCAUUUGGUGUAUAUAGUGACGCACAGAAGUGACCACACUUCUGUGAUCUCUGAGCUCCAAUUAGCAGCUCAUUAUAAAUUCCUGCAACAGGAAUCCCUCCUCAACGCCAACAGAGUGGAAAGGCCGCCAGGCUUCCACACACCGACGCACCUUGUGGUCCGGUCUGGAGAUAAAAACCUGUUAAUCUCUGACUAAAGCCACGGUCGAUUAUGAGAGCACAUCUGGGGAGUGAACAUUGUUGUAAUGUGUGUAAAAACAUUUGUUUGAGGUAUUGCCUGGGUAGUUUUGUUUGUUGCAGGGUAUUCCUUAACUUUAAUUGAAAUGGUAGCAGCCUAUGUAAAGAAAAACAAUGUGCUGACCUGCUACUCGUUUUCUUUUUUUAACACGGAGGACAUGCUUCUGUCUGUUGUCGCUUUAUAAACUUCAUUUGGCUUCUGUUGCUGUAGCGUUUCUUCUUUCUUUGUACUUUUAGAUAUUCAAUCCUGUGGAUGCAAUUGUCAAAAGCUUCAGUAUAAUCUGAAAUGUGCAUGACUGCAUGUUCAUACAGGUUGUAUACCCCCUCCCUCCGUCCCAGAAACCUUUUCUUUUCAUUAUUUCAGUUUAGCGUGAGUUGUCCAUUCACCCUUCCUCUCCUUUGUAAUAGACUGCGUAUAUAAAGUGGGGAUCGUUUAGAAUGCUGCUGUGGAUACAUAUAAAUGGUUAAUAUAAAUAAAAACAAUUUUGAGAACUGCUUA